AUGGAGACCGUCGCACAAAGCGAAGACCUUGGCCGUUGUAUCCUCGCCGUUCUAUUGACUUGGAUUUUCGCAGAGGACAAUGCCUUUGACUUGUCAUGCCGGCCAGCAUUCGGAGUCAUCACACCUUGGAAUAUAACCCAGACCCAAAUGUUUAUCAAUGCGCACUUUGCCGGCCGAAACCUGCGCUGGGUCGAAGUUUGGCAGCAGGCCUAUCACCUGGGCAAGCUUCUUGAGGAUGCCGGGUAUGAGAAUAGCGACAGCAAGUUAUGGAGUAUACAUUUCAACUGGCUGAUGAAUGCGGCCAUUAUCUACCUCUGUGCAGUUUCACGAACCGUCACAAGAGACUUCCACCGCCCUCGGGCUUUGCCAGUGGAGGUGAUGACCCAGUUCAUUGGUCGACUCUUCAAUAUGCCAUUCACCAUCCAGGACCUUGAGUACCACAUCACCCACUGGGUCACCGUGCUCUCUGGCUGCGCUGGGAAAGUGCAGGCCAACCCGAACGCCUCUGCUACCAAAUUGGAGUGGACCAUGGCCAAGUAUUUAACGGUGCCUUUGUCUCCUCUGAUGCCGAAUAUCUCACGACAACUGUGUGGCCCUUACAGACGUUUUCAUGAAGAGGUAGUGCAGUGGUACCCACCUCGUGUGUGGAGAAAUCGCCUCACACCCAUGUCGCCAUACCAGACGAGUAGCACGGACAUCGUCUUUAACCCCGGCGCAUAUACCAGCGACCACGACCUCCCUUGCGGUCUACGCGUGAGACAAUUUGUACCCCGGAGAAGCGAGCGACGUGACCUGCCCGUCCUCGUGUGGUUCGCUGGCGGUGGAUGGAUGCUGGGAGACAUUUCGGGAGACAAUAAUGUACUCAGUCAGAUUGCGGUCGCAGACUGGGUCCGGAAUCGAGUGGGUAGGCGAAACAUAAUUAUUGCUGGUGUAUCAUCGGGCGGAAACCUCGCUGCGGCCACAGCGUUGACAUGGUCAGCGCAGGGACGCCCUCCCGCCGGACUGCUCCUCAUUGCUCCCAGCCUGGAUAACACGUGGGACUGUGAAGAACGAUGGCGGGAGAACUGGGACGCUCCCUGGCUGACUCCCGCAACGAUGCAAUUCUUCCAGAACCGGUGCUUUCAGGGACCUGGAGACAGAUCCAAGGAGAAUUGGAGGGCGAGCCCAAUCUACGCCAACCAGAGGAUAAUCGAAGCUACCCGAGCCUUCCCGACGAAGGUUGUGGCUAUGGGUGGUGAUAUCCUGUGUCAAGAAAGCAUAGAUUUUGUGGCGCGCUUGGAGGCGGCCAGAUGUCCGACGACUCUGAGCAUCUUUCCCUAUGGUCACACGGGCUUGUUGAUGCAGGGUAUUGUGGGAACGGCUCUGAUCGAAGAGAUGAUUCAGUGGAUCAAGCGGCGAACAAAAAGUCCUGGCGGGGUCUCCCAAUCCUGGUGA